AAUCGCAAAACAUGAAUGCCGAAAAAUCGAUCGAAGCAACAGCUGAUCAACAUAAGCCAAAGAACUUGAUCAGAAGUCAAUACAAAGAUGUUAUGGUGAAAAUCGAAGAAGACAUAUACUACCUCGAUCGGCUGCAACUAGCUCUAAAGUCCGGUUAUUUUGAAAAACUAUUUACCGAAGAUUACAGCGAAAGAAACAGCGAUCUGAUAGAAAUCCCACUUAUGGAUACCGAUACAUUUUCCGCUGUAGUUGAUGUCAUUUACGAUGAAAAAUUGGAAUCUGUUAUUAAUGCCGAUAAUUUGGUAUCCUUGCUGAUGGCUAUGGAUUAUCUUCAGAUGGAUAUCGAUCCGGAAACGUGGAAACGACUCGUAACUGAAACGUUACGUUCUAGUGAUCUCUUGAAUAAGGAUAUUUUCAAGUUAUAUAAUUUCAUCACCUAUGAUCAGAAGUUCGAGUAUUUGUUACCGGCUGUUUUCGAAUAUCUGGCUCAAAAUAUGAGACAUCUGAAUGAUCACGAUGAACUUCUAUCUGUCAAGUUUGAUCACAUCGUCAAAAUUCUUUCAUACUGCGGAAUAUCUUCGAUUAGACCAUUCAGGCCUGUUAGUAAAAUCUGCGCUAGAUGGAUCUUUCACGAUACGGAAAACCGUUUGCAUUACGCAUUGAAUCUUCUAAAUGCUGCUAGACUCGGAUUUCAUCUUUCAAAUACGAUUUCUGAAGAUGAUUUUAACUUACGUUUAUCCAAAAACGACCAGAAUCUCAACGAAAAUACAAUAUCGAGACAUUUUUACAAAUGGUUGGUGUACUGUGGAGAAAUUCAUUACUCAAAACCAGUUGAUUCUGAGACUUCAGUAGCUGCUGAAAGGAAUAAACGCGAGGAUCCUCGUGAUAAUGAAACAGACGUCACUGCCCAAGAAGAUCAUCCUUUCUUAUCCAGCAAGGAACCGAAGUUGGAAUCUUUCUUGAAGAAUGGUAACUUUUACGAUAUCACAGUCAAAGUUGACGACAAAGUUUACAAACUUCAUCGCUCUGUGUUGAAAUCGGAGUCUGUGUAUUUCGAGGAAAUCUUUUCCAAAGAGUACUCCGAGUUAGCUGCACAAUGUAAAGGAAUACCACCGAGCCCUCCGAGUAAGGAUAAAAUAUAUUCGCUAGAUGAAAUCGAUUCAGCCACAUUCGACAUGGUAGUUAACCACAUGUAUUUGGGAAAAAUCGAACCUACAAGCGACAUCGCCGUUAGUUUAUUCAAGGCAGUGCAUAUUUUAAGAAUCGAUAAAUUGAAGAAACCGUGUUGCGGCUGGAUGGAGACCAAUAGGAAGGAUAUUUGCAGCAAAGUCGUUGUUGAAAUGUUGAAUUUCACUCAUGCCCGCGCCGAGUACAAAAAAUUGAAUAGGAUCUUUUUGACUAGAUAUAUCGUCGACUCGUGGCCUAAAAUAGACAACUUGCCACAAUUUGCUGAACUUUUCAAGGCGAUUACUCUUCCUGAAAACAGUACUUUGAAUGGAACCGGAGCAUAUUCGUUUGAUGGAGUCGAUCGAGAUAUAUUCAAAGUGAUCGUCGAUUACAUUUACUUUGAUGAUGCAGCAUAUAGCACGAACGAUGUUAUUCGAUUGUUUAAAGCGAGCGAUUUGUUUAAAAUAGAGAAAUUAAUAAAAGUAUGUGUGAGCUAUUUGAAGUUGGGGGGAUCAUAUGAUAAACUGAGUUCAGCAGAUAUCAAAGAAGUUUUGAGUAUCACUCUGAGGAAUGUCGAGCAUUACGACGAUUUAAAUACUAUGUACUUGGUACAGUACAUGAUGAGGUGGCCGCAGGUUGAUACCGAAUUAUUUUCUACGAUUUCUUACGACUACUUGGAAAGUACGUUAACGUCGGAUGAUUUGUAUUUCGAUGAUCCUCGCGAUCUUCUGGAUAUUUGUUCGACAUGGGUUGUUCACGAUGUUGAAAAUCGAUAUCGCCUCGUACCUCAGAUCGCACUAGCCAUAAGUCGAAACCGUACAACAGACUGGGUCGAUUAUUCCAUUGAAAAUCCUUCAAAUUUGAAGCAAUGCACGCCAGAUUUUGUCAAAAACAAGAUAUGGCAAGUUUUAUGCUCAGCUUCUGUGCUUCCAUUCCCAUUAUUUUCCAAGCAUAAAGAAAACGAACAAACAAGUCAAGAUGUGCUGUCGAAGCCGGCAUUCGUCACAUCGCACGAGGGAAGAUUAUUCAAAAUUCUCGAUACUCAAUGGAAUGAAAUCGUCUCAUUUCACCUAUGUGAAAAUAUUAUGCCGAACUGUAAAACUUUCCUCAAAUAUCCCAUGUCAGCAACCAUGAUUAACAACGAUACCGUAUUCAUACUCUGUUCAGUGCUCCAGACCCCUACUUUUUAUGCUUACAAUUUCUCUUCGGGGAAGUUAUUCUGUUUGGCAUCUGAUCGACGUAUUCACAAUACGGAAGAUGUUCGCUCACGGUACACUGAUGAGUUAAAAUGCACUUUGCUGAAUCGCCGCAAUGAAAUUUACUGCUGUCUCGAGGACAGUUUGAUCAUGAAAUAUUCGUUCGAAUUUAAUCGCUGGAUGCAAAUUUCAGCUGCUGAUCCAAAUAAACGUGGUGUUUGCUUCGCCAGUGAUGGCGAUAAGUUGUACAGGAUGUACGAAAUCGGACGAAAUGAUUCUACGACAAGUUUCCCUCUUGAAUUAUACGAUUUUCAACAAAAUUCGUGGACUUCUAUCCCUAAUUUGCCUCAUCUCACUCUGCAUCUCACAAGGCACGAGGAUCCCGAGUACGACGAGUGUAGGAUGCUUCAAUUGCUACAUGGACUUGUUUCCUUGAACAAUCACAGUUUGGGGGCAGUAUUCGUCCAAAGACGUAUUUUUAUAUUCGACGUAGAGGCUGUAACUUGGCGAGAAAUUCCUUCAUUGCCGGAUACUGCUGUAUACUAUUAUAUGAACGAAAGACAUGCGAUUAUUACUUGUAUCCAGCAUGAAAAUGGUGAACCGUUAGGCGUGUAUAUCAAUAAAUUAUACUACUAUGAUGCCACAUAUCAAUCGUGGGAAUUAAUAAAGGAAUGGCCAUUCGUGGAAUAUUCAACAAAAAGUUCAAGUGUUAAAAAACUCCCUUACGGGAAUAUUAUAAGUAUUCAUAAUCCUAGAAUUCAUUGUAUGUCAUAAUUCUUAGUACCUAUAAUUCAGUUUUUAUGAGUAAUUCAAUACCAUACCUAGUUAUAUGCUCUUGAAUUAAGCUUAUCGUAUGUUUAAGCUUUGUCAUGAAGAAAUAAACCUUUGUGAAUAUGGA